CCGAAGACGACGACGACGACGACGACGACGAAGGAGAUACCAAAACCUCUCAAGACAGCCCUCUCAAUCACUGCGAAGCGCUUGAGUUCUGGCUCGUCGAUCGUCUCUCGCAACCGCGCGGCUCCGCCGAAAGAGACCAGCGCCCGUCGCAUUCCGGCGAAUCGAUGGCUCCGAAGCCCAAGGACAAGCCGAAACCCUCCCCGUCCCCGUCGCAGCCGCCGCCGCCCAUCGAAGAUCUGUUCGCGUCUCUCAGCAAGCACAUCCAACGAUCUGAGUUCAAACAAGCCGUCAAGGUCGCAGAUCAAGUGCUGGGAAUCGCUCCUGGGGAUGAAGACGCGAUUAGAUGCAAGGUGGUGGCUCUGAUAAAGGGCGACAGCAUCGAGGGCGCGCUGACCACCAUUCAAUCAGCUAGGAACCUACCAAUCGACUUCAGUUUUCACAAGGCAUACUGCUUAUACAGACAAAAUAAUCUGGAUGAAGCUUUGGACUCUCUCAAGAGCAAAGAAAGAAGUACUUCAACCAUGCUCUUGGAGUCUCAGAUUCUGUACCGCCAAGGCAAAAUGGAUGCUUGUGCGGAUAUUUAUCAAAAGCUACAGAAGUCUAACGUGGAAUCACUUGAGAUAAAUGCGAUUGCCAGUUUGGUUGCGACUGGAAGAGCCUCGGAAGUGCAAGGAACAUUGGAUGCACUCAGGGUCAAAGCAACUAGCAGCUUUGAGUUGGCAUACAACACUGCUUGUUCUUUAAUUGAAAUAGAAAAGUAUUCGGAUGCUGAACAACUCUUGUUAUCAGCUCGUAGAAUUGGUCAGGAAACUCUCCUGGAAGAAAACUUAGAUGCUGAUGAGGUGGAAAUUGAAUUAGCUCCUAUUGCUGUCCAGUUGGCUUAUGUUCAGCAGAUCUUUGGACGCAGACAAGAGGCCAUUGAAGCUUACACUGGCAUCAUUAAUCGGAAUUUGUCCGAUGAAUCAUCGCUUGCUGUGGCAGUGAACAACCUCAUUGCUCUGAAAGGGCCAAAAGAUGUCUCUGAUAGCCUGAGAAAAGUUGACCGCCUAAAGGAGAAAGAUGCCCAGAACUUCCAGCUUUCUCAUACAGUGGAAUUGAAACUUCUACGGAAGCAAAGGGAGGCAAUAUACACUAACCGGGUGCUUUUGCUCCUCCAUGCGAAUAAGAUGGAUCAGGCCCGAGAGCUUGUUGCUUGUCUGCCCAACAUGUUUCCUAACAGCGUGGCACCAAUAUUGCUUCAAGCUGCUGUGUUAGUGAGAGAGAACAAGGCUGGCAAAGCUGAGGAAGUAUUAGGGCAAUUUGCAGAGAAGUUCCCUGAUAAGUCCAAGACUGUUCUUCUGGCAAGAGCACAGGUUGCUGCAGCAGCUGGCCACCCUCUUGUAGCGGCAGAAUCACUGAGCAAGAUACCUGAUAUCCAGCACAUGCCUGCCACUGUCGCGACCCUUGUUGCAUUGAAAGAGCGUGCAGGUGAUAUUGACGGCGCAGCUGCCAUUCUUAACUCAGCGAUCCAAUGGUGGUCAAAUGCCAUGACUGAGGACAACAAGCUCUCUUCUAUAAUGCCAGAGGCAGCUUCCUUCAUGCUCAGGCACGGCAGGCAAGAGGAAGCUGCACGCCUUUACGAGGAACUUGUGAAAAGCCAUGGAAGCAUAGAGGCAAUGGCUGGGCUCAUAACCACGGUCGCACGGGUAGAUAUUGGCAAAGCUGAAGCUUAUGAAAAGAAGUUAAAACCGUUGCCUGGGUUGAAGGGCAUUAAUGUGCAGAGUUUAGAAAAGACUUCUGGUGCGAAACAAGAUGAAAGUUCUCUUCGUCGCGGACUCGCUGAGGCACAUGAGGAGAGUAAGAGCAAAGAGAAAACCAAGAAAAAGAGGAAGAGAAAGCCAAGAUACCCCAAAGGUUUUGACCCGGCUAAUCCAGGUCCUCCACCAGAUCCAGAAAGGUGGCUUCCUAAGAGGGAGAGAUCAAGUUAUAGGCCGAAGAGGAAGGAUAAGAGAGCUGCUCAAGUAAGAGGCUCCCAGGGGGCAGUAGCUAGAGAAAAACAUGAAGCUGGUGCCAAUUCAAGUGCUCCUAAUGCGACACCAAACCAAGCAAGCAGCUCCAAAGGGGCCUCACAAACCUCAGUUGCGGAGAAACCCAAGCCUUCUAAAUCAUCGAGGAAGAAGUCAAGGAAUUGAUUGGCAGGUUUCCCAAAUUUUGUCAACAGCUAUCCAUCUAAUUUCGGUUCAGAAUUUCUCUUUUCAUCUAUUUGCGGAUCACAAAUUUCUCAUAGUUAAUGCAUUGCGUUCGAUUGAAUUUAAA